GGAACAAUGGAUGGUCGUUGCCGAGGAGAUCGUGGGCAUAUAAAAUGAAUUCCUCGUGCUGGUCUGCUACGUCAACUUCCCCUCUUCCCCCGCCCCCGUCUGCCUCGGACUUCAUUGAGUUCAUUCAGUGAACCGGUGUUGGGUUCAUUUAGCACAUCGCCUGCCCUUCGCACGUCAACUACAUCUCUUGAAUCUCUUCCACAACCACCGGUCUAAACGCGAUGUCGCACUCGCAUGACAGCCGCGAAUCAUCGGGAUCGCCCUCGAGGAAGCGCUCGAGGUCGCCGGCCAGCGAUCACGCCGCGGACUCCCCGUCCCCCAAGCGACGCUCCCCCUCACCUCGUCAGGACAGCGCAGGCGCUAGUCCUUCCAACAGCCCUGCCCUGCCUCCCCGGCUCAUCUCUCGUCGUACGUGAUGAUCGGCGCUCAUGAACCUGUCAGCUAAGACCCUUGCAGGCGUUACUCGCAGUCCACGCCGCACCCCACCUUCCACCCGUCGCCAUCGUCAUGUUCCUCUGCCUUCCUUGUCUCCGGACAACGCGCUAGGCCUCGAUACCCCUCACCACAGCCUCGGCGCCUCUGCCCAGGGUGAGUACCUUGACCGUUCUUUGGCUGUCUGUCGCUCAUGAUCAUAUCCUUAGCUGGUCUUCCGUCCCCACCCUCGCACGAGCCCACCUAUGGGGCCGACCC